AUUACACAUAGUUUAGGCACUGGUUUGUAGUUUACUUUUUUCCUUCUUGGAGAAAGAAAGUAUAAAUGCAAUCGAGAAAUUCAAUUUCGGAAGAGAGAGUUAUUUUCCUCGGACAACAAUGGCUUCCUUUGGGACAAACUGAAAUCCCCUUUACGUACCAUUCAAAGUAAUACUUACUGAUUCAAGAAAAUGGCAGUGUCAGCUCAUUCGCUACUAAAAUCAAUGCUUCUCCUCAGACUUCCAAUCACAACCAACACCAUUGUUCCUCCCCGCGUAUCUCGUCCAUCUUCUUCUCCUUUAAAUUUGAUCUCUUGCCAUUAUCUCAACGCUUCUAACAGAACCAAAUCAAGACAUUUUCACUCACCAACCUUGUACACAAGAACUGCAGAAACCCCAAAAAAACACUUAAUUUGCUUCAAUUAUAACACUUCUGCAAGUCAUGGUAAGGGUACAAACUACUUAGAAUUGACAGAUGAUGAACUAAUGAGACAGUGUGAGAUGGACACGUUCAAGGCCUCAGGCCCAGGUGGUCAGCACCGUAACAAGCGUGAGUCUGCUGUCCGUCUCAAGCACCUCCCUACUGGGAUUAUUGCUCAGGCUGUUGAGGACCGAUCACAGCAUAUGAAUCGUGCUUCGGCUUUGAAACGCCUGCGCGCUCUAUUAGCUAUCAGAGUUAGGAACAGUUUGGAUAUUGAUUCGUAUUCACCUCCAUUGGAACUGCUUCAAAUUCUUCCUCUUAAAUCAACAAUCAGAGGAUCAGAUUGUGGUCCACAAAUUGGACCCAAGAAUCCUAAAUUUAUCUUGGGAAUGCAAGCGUUGCUGGAUCUAAUCUUUGCUGUUGAUGGCUCUAUAUCGGAAGCAGGGAAAUUACUAGGGUUAAGCACAGGGGCUCUGUCACGUUUGAUACUAUCAGAUGAUUCUCUUAGGAUGGCAGUGAAUGAUUUGAGGAAUUCGAAGGGUUUAAAGCCUCUAAGGUAGGGCUUUCCAGAGGCUACUUACAUUCAGAUCCAUGUAUUGCUAUUUAAUGAAUUUAUCAACAUGCUCUCGGGGGCCUUUUCUUGUGGAGUUGCACUAGAGUACAAAACUAGGAGUUUAAGAUUCGUGACUUGUACUGUCUGGAAUCACUUUUGUGGUGUCUAGAGUAAAACAUGGGAAUAGGUUCGACAGGAAUCAUUUUUUUGCUUUAGUUGAUUGGCCUCCCUUCACAAAUGUGGUUCAAUAAUUGUUUUCCCUUUCUUUGAAGAGUUCAGCGGCCCUUGUAGUGAAAUGCUGUGUCUACCACACACUCUGAUUGUAGUUUUUGAAUAUGUUUUGCCUAUUGAUUUUUAUUUUAUUUUUUCUUGCUGAGGUUAGCAAAGCACAAGUGUGGGAGGAUAGAAUGAAAACAACAGAAAAGACAAUGAGUUGAAAGAAAAAUUUCAUGUCGUGAUAAUCCCAUUGCCUAUCUGUUGGUGAUUCAACUAGUUUUGACAAUAAUGACGUUAGAUAGUGUAUUAAACUUAAUGUUUU